AGAGAGAAGGACGCAACAAUAUGAUGGACCUUUUUGAGACCAGCACUUAUCUUUUCAGUGACUUGCGUUAUUUGGAGGAAGGGGAUCAUGGAUCGUUACAACAUAUGGACAUCACAGGUGUAUCUCCUCUCUACUCUAACAGCAACGACAGCCCGUUGUCCCCAGGACAGGAUAAUGUCCCGUCUGAGACAGGGGGGGAAAGUAGCGGAGAGGAACAUGUGCUUGCCCCGCCGGGUCUCCAGUCACACUGCGAGGGCCAGUGCCUCAUGUGGGCCUGUAAGAUCUGCAAGAGAAAGUCAGCGCCAACAGACAGACGCAAGGCCGCCACGCUCCGAGAGAGGAGACGGCUGAAAAAGAUCAACGAAGCUUUUGAUGCACUAAAGAAGAAGACUGUGGCCAAUCCUAACCAGCGACUACCCAAGGUGGAGAUUUUACGCAGUGCCAUAAGCUACAUCGAAAGGCUACAGGACCUGUUGCAGACCCUGGAUGAACAAGAGAAAAUUCAAAAUGGAACUGCCUUAAACACCAAAGAGCUUAAUCUUGCCAGUGAUGAGUAUCAAUGGAAGAAGUCCUCCGAGGCCUGGCGGAGCUCUGCUGAUCAUUCCAGUGCAGCAAUGAACCAGAGACAAGGUACAACUGACGUGACCAGUGAGUCUUCUGCGACAUCCAGCCUGCUGCGUCUGUCUUCCAUCGUGGACAGCAUCACCAAUGAUGAGAAGCUCAACUUCUCUGCUGAACCCUCAGAAAACUGAAAUAGUCUAAAGAGUUUUAUAGUUUCAUAAUUUAAAAUUUCCAGCGUCAUGCUCUGAUUUUUCCGGCUCUAAUGCAUAAUUCUGGCUUUUCCUAACUUGUAGUAGGAGAGCAGAAAUUUGUACAUAUUUUAUAUUGACGUGAUUAAUAAAAUGUAUUUAUUUUGUUUUCAAAGCCUAACUGAUGGUUGAAGAAACUUUGCAUUCUCUUUGGAAAAUUUGUACACUUAGUUGACCAACAAAUAAAUCCAUU